CUCACUUUGUUUCUUGAAGACUGCAUUUGAGAGCAUGCAGCUUUCAUUUCAAUGUGCUGGCUGAUCUGUUUUGGUCACCUCGUAAGAAAACUGUGUUGCUAUAAAGCUGGGUGUUCAUAACACAAGAUUCAUAAUCCGAGCCACAAAAGGUGGUGUUCUGCAGGCUGAGAAAUAAAACGCAGAGGAAAUCUACAGACAUUUACAGUACCAUCCUCUCUAGUUUGUCCAUCUUCAAGACAUUCACUAAAAAGCAAAGAGUUCUGAGGAGAAAAAACAAUGCAAAGCCUACAUUUAAUGUUAAUUCUACUGCUAAUUAGCUGGGAAGAUAAAACUAUUGCAAGUAAGUGUUUCAGAAUGAAAAAAAGGUGCAGCUGUCCUAUUGAAAGUAAUAUAACAUUUGUGGAUCUAAUGGGCUGUAUGACAGCUGAAAUUCUAGAAUUAAGAGAUGGAAAUGUAGAUAAGCUAUUGCCUGCACUGGAGACAUCUAAUAUUUUACAUACUUUUUUUCUUGAACAGACUACAAUCAUUUUCACCAGAGCCUCUGUAUCUCAACAAUUUUUAAAGAAAUUUAAAGAUUUUGUAACAAAAGCAACUAAUCUUGUUUUAGACAACUCUAGUUUAACUGGAUUUGAGAAAGAGAUAAACGCAAACAUUAAUAUGAGCAUGACUUCGAUCACAUUAAUAAAUGUAUCUAAUUCAUUCUCAAAAAUUAUGUCUCUUUCUAGUUUGAUUGGUGGGUUGCAAAUGUUAAAAGAACUGUCAGUGAUUAGCUCUCAAGUAUUCUCUGUACCACAUAACAUCAGCCAGCAGUUAAGCAUGCUACAUGCCUUAGAUUUGUCUGGAAAUCCACUGAAUGUACAGGGAGUGAACCAUUUUAUAUGUCAGGGAUGUUUUCUACAACUUACAACUCUGAAACUCCAAAACUGCAAUUUGAGCUCAUUUGAGGACAUCUGCCUUACUCUGCAAGGAAUGAAAAAACUAAAAUAUCUACAUCUAAGCCAAAAUAACUUCUUAAAUCCUCUUUCUUCAUGUUCAUGGCAACAGUCUUUUCACACCUUUAACAUGUCUAGUACAAACAUAGAAUAUACAUUUGGUUACCUCCCACAGCAAGUCGAAGUGUUGGAUUUGAGUAACAAUAAACUCAAAGUUCUUAAUGGAACUUUGCCAAAUGUGAUAACGCUCGAUCUCUCCAAUAAUCAACUCCUUCAACUCCCUUCGCUAAUGAACUUUCCAAACCUACGUAACUUAAGGAUCGAUGGAAAUGGGAUAUCACACCUUGGAAAAGAGGAACUAUCCACUCUUUAUAAUUUAACUGCUUUGAAAGCUGGCGGGAACACAUUCCGAUGUGACUGUGAGUUUAUUGCCAUGAAGGAAGAUCUUGUAAAGCUGGUGUCUAAAAUGGAAGACUGGCCAGCUGGCUAUGUUUGUGACUCACCAUCUUCUCUCAAUGGUACUCUCAUUAAGGAUAUUUCUGAUUCAUUGUACCAGUGCCAUAAAACUCUUCUGCUUAUUUUAAUAAUUGUAGGUACAACGUUUGUGAUUGGUAUUCUUGCUAUAGUAUUUUACAGGAUAUGUACACGUAAAUGAAUGUGAAAUUCACAAAAGUAAAUACAUUCUUUUGUAGCUUUAAUUUUCUGUUGUGUAUAAAUGGAAGUACUGGAAUUAUUGUUUCUACUUUUACAUCACUUGAAUACGUCUGACUUUAAGACUGUGGUAAAGUGUUAAGAAGUUACAUUUAAAACACUUUGUUUCAAAGGAUACAGAGUGGCAGAACUGCAAAUCAGUUUCACAAAGUCAAUGGCCUUAACACUGAACUUUGUAGCAAACAUGUCCCAUAGUAAACCGAGUGCUUUUGAUUUUACUUUGUCAUUUAUUUUUUGUUUUAGUGGAAAAUCAGACUGGACCCAUACAUUUGGGAUUAGAGUUGUGGAAUGAGAAUACAAAUGGAAUAUGCAUUAGUAUUGUUUAUUUAUUUUGUUUCAUGGGUAAACAUAUUUAAGGGCAACUUUGGGAGGGAACACUUUAGAUAAACAGGUACAUGUAUGACAACUCUAAAGUGAUUGUGUCUUUCGGCUUUUCCCGGUUAGGGGUCACCACAGCGGAACUCCGGUCCGCUAAUGAUUGGCAGUAGAGUUUUACAUGCUGGCUUGCCAACU